GUUUGCCAUUAUCUUCACAUUAUCAUCAGAAACAAGUUCCAUUCUCUAAUAUUACUAAAGAAAUAAAAAAAGGCUUAGUUUGUUUCUUAAAAGAAGGCAAAUGGUGAUGCCUUGCGUCUACAGUUGCUUUAUGCUAUUGCUAGGGAUGCUUUCCAUAGAACUACAUGUAGCAUCCGCGGCCUGGCUACGAGCCCAUGCAACUUUCUAUGGUGGAGGUGACGCCUCUGGUACAAUGGGUGGUGCCUGUGGAUAUGGUAAUCUUUAUACCGAUGGUUAUGGAACCAAAACUGCUGCACUCAGCACUGCUUUGUUCAAUGAUGGAAAGUCGUGCGGUGGCUGCUAUCAGAUUGUCUGCGAUGCCACUCAAGUUCCUCAAUGGUGCCUCAAGGGCACUUACAUUACGAUAACUGCUACAAACUUCUGUCCACCCAACUUUAAUCUCCCUAAUGACGACGGAGGCUGGUGCAAUCCCCCACGACCUCACUUUGACAUGUCUCAACCAGCCUUUGAGACUAUUGCCAAGUACAGGGCAGGAAUUGUACCUAUUCUAUACAGGAAGGUGAGAUGCAAAAGAAGUGGAGGCAUAAGGUUCACCAUCAAUGGAAAGAACUACUUUGAACUAGUGCUUAUAUCAAAUGUAGGAGGAGCAGGAGAGAUUUCUAAUGUAUGGGUCAAAGGGUCAAAAUCCAAUAAAUGGGAAACCAUGUCAAGGAAUUGGGGUGCCAAUUGGCAGAGCUUAAGCUAUCUCAAUGGCCAGAGCUUGUCCUUUAGAGUCCAAGCUAGCGAUGGGAGGACCGUAACAGCUCUUAAUGUUGCACCUUCCAAUUGGGUUUUCGGCCAAUCUUUCAAAAGCAAAGUCCAAUUUUAGAAAUUCAUAGGUUGUAAACAAAGUUGCUCAAUGAUUGCGUUUCUAUAUUUGCUUUUAAACUGUUUAAUUCUGUCUCUUACCAGUUUAUAAAAAAAAUUUGUAAUUUAGUUGGUUGUGGCUUAGCAUUUUGCUGUAAAGCCCACCAAUAUAUAUAUAUAUAUCUCAUGUUGUAUGUAUAUUGUAAUGAUUUUCUUAAUAGUUUUUAAGGCUAUCUUGUCAUGGAUUUUGCUGCUGAAA